UCAACACCAGUUAUAGUUCCAUUAACCCAGCUCUCCCAACCUCUUUCGGAGUGUGAUCCAAUGGCUGGAAUUGAACAAUCCCCAGGAAGCUCCAUGCAUGGAGUGACAGGUAGAGAACAAAGCUUUGCUUUUUCAGUUGCUUCACCCAUUGUCCCAACGGACACAACUGCAAAAUUUGAUUUACCUGUUGAUUCUGAGCACAAGGCCAAGGUUUUCAAGCUUUUCUCCUUUGCCAAUCCUCAUAUGAGAACCUUUCACCUUUCUUGGAUUUCCUUCUUUACUUGUUUUGUCUCCACCUUUGCCGCCGCUCCCCUUGUUCCCAUCAUUCGCGAUAACCUCAACCUAACCAAACAAGACAUUGGUAAUGCUGGAGUUGCCUCUGUCUCGGGAAGUAUCUUCUCUAGGCUUGUAAUGGGUGCAGUUUGUGACCUCUUAGGGCCACGAUACGGGUGCGUAUUUCUCAUUAUGCUUACAGCUCCAACUGUUUUCUGCAUGUCGUUUGUGUCGAAUGCUGGAGGCUACAUAGCUGUCCGGUUCAUGAUUGGAUUUUCUCUCGCAACGUUCGUGUCGUGCCAAUACUGGAUGAGCACCAUGUUCAACAGCAAGAUUAUUGGGCUCGUCAAUGGCACUGCUGCCGGGUGGGGCAACAUGGGUGGAGGUGCAACUCAACUGAUAAUGCCUCUGCUUUACGACGUGAUUCAGCGUACUGGUUCCACUCCCUUCACUGCCUGGAGGAUAGCCUUCUUCAUUCCCGGUUGGCUUCAUGUGAUUAUGGGAAUCUUGGUCUUGACCUUGGGCCAAGACUUGCCUGAUGGAAACCUCAGUACCUUACAGAAGAAGGGUGAUGUUUCCAAAGAUAAAUUCUCCAAGGUGUUGUGGUAUGCGAUCACAAACUAUAGGACAUGGAUUUUUGUUCUCCUCUAUGGCUACUCCAUGGGAGUUGAAUUGAGCAUAGAUAAUGUCAUCGCUGAAUAUUUCUAUGAUAGGUUUGAUCUUAAGCUUCACACUGCCGGAAUCAUUGCAGCCACCUUUGGAAUGGCCAACCUCCUUGCUCGUCCCUUUGGUGGAUAUGCCUCUGACUUUACAGCUAGAUAUUUUGGCAUGAGGGGCAGGCUUUGGACUCUCUGGAUCCUCCAAACUCUAGGAGGUGUCUUCUGCAUCUGGCUUGGCCGUGCCAAUUCUCUCUCAGUUGCCAUAUUGGCUAUGAUUCUCUUCUCUGUUGGAGCUCAAGCUGCAUGUGGAGCAACUUUUGGGAUCAUACCCUUCAUUUCUAGGCGAUCUCUGGGUAUCAUAUCAGGCCUGACUGGGGCUGGUGGGAACUUUGGCUCUGGGUUGACACAACUAGUUUUCUUCACAAGCUCAACAUUCUCGACUGCAACAGGUCUUUCUUUGAUGGGGGCCAUGAUUGUGUGUUGCACUCUUCCUGUGACAUUGGUUCACUUCCCGCAGUGGGGCAGCAUGUUCGUUCCACCUUCAAAAGACAUGGUGAAGUCUACCGAAGAAUUCUAUUACGCAUCAGAGUGGAAUGAGGUUGAGAAGCAGAAGGGUUUGCACCAGCAAAGUCUCAAAUUCGCAGAAAACAGCCGGUCAGAGCGUGGCAAGCGUGUUGCCUCAGCUCCAACUCCAUCAGAUUCAACACCGACCCAUGUUUAGUACCCAUAAGAGAAGAAGAUCAAAGUGAUGAUGAUGGUGAAAGUUAUGAGCGACCAGUAAUAAGAACAAAGGCUGUCUAACAGGUCUGAGUGUGUCUCUGAAAAGAUAGAUUCAUAGUCAUUCACCAGAUGAAGCAGGAGCUUACCUUUAUAGAUAUCCGAAGAGAUUCAUGUGGAAUCGUUUAUUGGAAUUUGUAUACAAAUGUAAUAUGCACUUAUCUGUGCAUUGUUAAUGCAUGGCAUGCAUCUAUCUGGUGUGGAAUUUUCUGCAAA